AUGUUUAUAGCAGCUGAAAUAACGGGUAUGUACCUCUGUUGGAGAUUGGCUAUCGUGGCACUCCCUGUCAUGUUUUUUCUGAUUGUUCCAGGAUCCAUUUAUGGAAUGCGUUUAUCUAGUAAUGAAGAGAAAAUACAAGAAGCAUAUGCAGUUGCUGGGGGGAUAGUGGAACAGUCUUUAUCAUCUAUAAAAACGGUUCACUCUUACGUUGGAGAGGAAAAAAUGGUAAAAAGAUUUUCAAAUGCAUUAGGGCCAACAUUGACUCUUGGAGUUAAACAAGGUCAACUGAAAGGUAUGGUGUUUGGUAGUGUUGGAAUCAUAUACGCUAUCUGGGCACUUUUAACCUGGUAUGGGAGUGUAUUGGUCAUCAAGCAGGGGAUUCAAGGUGGAGAUAUUCUCAGUGCUGGAGUGUGUGUUAUUUAUGGAGGAUUUGGACUCGGGAGUUCUUUUAUGAACAUCAAGUACUUUGCUGAAGCAAGCAUUUCAGCUGUAGUUAUUAGUGAAAUGAUUGAGAGAGUCCCAGCCAUAGAUUCUGAAGAUCAACAAGGCACAACCAUAUCCCCAGUCAAAGGUAACUUGGAGUUCAAAGACGUUGACUUUGCAUACCCAUCAAGACCAGACAGUUUGGUUCUGAAGAGGUUCAACUUGAAAGUGAAGGCUUGCCAAACAGUUGGAUUGGUUGGUCAAAGCGGGUCAGGCAAGUCAACGAUUAUAAAUCUGCUUGAAAGAUUCUAUGAUCCACUGGAGGGGGAGAUAUUGUUGGAUAACAUCAACAUAAAGUCACUACAGUUGAAUUGGUUACGUAAACAAAUGGGCUUGGUGAGUCAGGAGCCUAUACUCUUCGCAACCUCAAUUAAAGAGAAUAUUAUGUUUGGGAAAGAAGAUGCUACAAGUGAAGAGAUUGUAGAGGCUUCCAUAAAAGCCAAUGCACAUGACUUUAUCACACAACUACCAAACGGUUACGAUACGCUGGUGGGAGAGUUAGGAACUCAAAUGUCUGGAGGGCAGAAACAACGAAUUUCCAUCGCACGAGCGCUGCUUAGAGACCCAAAAAUCUUGCUACUCGAUGAAGCCACAAGUUCGUUGGACUCUCAUUCUGAAAAGGGGGUGCAAGAGGCUUUGACUCAAGCUUCAGUAGGAAGAACAACAAUAAUCAUUGCACAUCGUUUGUCCACACUUCGUGAUGCAGAUUUAAUUGUUGUCAUUCAAUCAGGCGAAGUGAUCGAGUCGGGUUCACAUGAGCAACUUACACUGAACACUGGUGGAGCAUAUUCAGUGAUGGUGCAGCUACAAAAGACCUUGGUUGUGGAUGAGAAAGCCUUAUCACCCACUCAAGGAAUUAAAAGUAAAACAUUGGUUGAUGAUGUAGAAAUAACAACAGAGAAUACAGGCCUGGUAACAACAAAUUCCAAUCUAGGAGAAUCGACAAAUGAUGCAGCAGAGGAAGAAAAUAGCCGUCCUACAUGGAGACAUCUGAUCCAGAUGACUCGACCAGAAUGGAAGUCGGCUCUAAUAGGCUGCAUAGGUGCUCUGCUUAACGGGUUAAUUCAACCAACGCUAGCUUUUGCUCAGGGUGCAAUGUUGUCUAUGUUCUUUCUUAAAGACAAAGAUGAAAUGAAGUCUCAGACAAGAAUAUUAUGCUAUGGUUUUAUUGCCAUUGCUGCAUCGGCUUUCAUCGUGAGUGUGAUUCAGCAUUACUAUUUUGGGAUCAUGGGAGAAAAUCUAACAAAAAGGGUAAGAGAGUUGAUUUUCGCAAAGAUUAUGACUUUUGAGAUCGAAUGGUUUCACCAAGAAAACAACAAUACUGGGGCUAUAUGUUCAAGACUUGCUACUGACACAGUCAUGGUGAGAAACCUUGUAGCAGAUCGACUGGCAUUCUUUGCGCAAACAAUCUCGGCUACAAUUUCAGCAGUUAUCUUGAGUAUGAUAUUGUCUUGGAGACUAGCUCUUGUUGCUAUCUCCUUACAACUAGUCAUCAUUGUCAGUUUCUACCUUAAAUCAUUAAUAACUACAAACCCACACAACAAAUGCAGUGAAAUAGCUAGUGAAGCAGUUCAUAACCAUAGAACUAUUACUGCAUAUCACUCCCACCGGACUGUCAUGAGACUAUUCGAAGACACACAGAAUGGCCCAAAAAAAGAGAACAACAAGCAGCAUUGGUAUGCAGGGGUUGCUUUAUUUGCCCGGCCAUUUUUAACUAAUAUUAAUAUCGCCGUCUUGUUCUGGUACGGGGGAAAGCUACUCUACCAGGGGAGUAUCACAUACAAACACCUUUUUCAAACAUUCUACAUUGUGGUAUCAGCUGGGAUGAUAAUUGCAGAAACCGGGAGUAUGACCGGAGAUUUGUCUUUGGGAAAAAACGCUUUGAAAUCAUUAUUCAUAAUUAUAAAGCGAAAAAGCAAGAUGGGGAUUAUCAAACAAGAAGUGAUAAGCCCAGAAAAGAUGAACGGGCAUAUAGAGCUGAAAGAGGUGGAUUUCUUUUAUCUGAGUAGACCAACGAAGAUGGUACUUAAAGGUCUAAGCUUGAAGAUCGAUGCUGGAAAAGUUGUUGCGCUAGUGGGAACAAGUGGGUCAGGAAAGUCAACAAUUAUUGGGUUGAUCCAGAGGUUCUAUGACCCGUGUAAAGGGUCUGUGGAAGUUGAUGGUGUAGAUAUCGGGUGCUACGAUCUGAAAGCAUUAAGGUCUUGUAUUGCAUGGGUUAGCCAAGAACCUACCCUAUUUGCAGAAACUAUAAAAGAAAACAUUGCCUAUGGGAAAGAGAAUGCAACAGAAGCCGAGAUCAUUGAAGCAGCACGUCUUGCUAACAUCCAUGAAUUUAUAAGUUCAAUGAAAGAUGGAUAUGAAACUUACUGUGGUGAAAGAGGGGUGCAAUUAUCUGGCGGACAGAAGCAAAGAAUCGCCAUAGCUCGAGCAAUCUUGAAAAAUCCAGCCAUUUUACUGCUGGAUGAGGCAACAAGUGCAUUAGACCUCAGAUCAGAAGCGCUUGUCCAAGAUGCUCUAGAGAAAACCAUGGUUGGUAGGACAUGUGUAAUUGUUGCUCAUCGAUUAUCUACAAUUCAAACAUCAGAUAGAAUAUCAGUGAUCGAUAAUGGCAGGGUCAUAGAAGAGGGUUCUCAUAAUGAUCUACUUGCCAAAGGAGAAGAGGGUGCAUACUUUUCACUUUUCAGUCUUCAACAGCAACAGCAAGCUUUCAAAAGUAGAGAUUAG